CUCUGUUUGGGUUUGUAGGAAGGAGCGGGCCGUGCUGGAUGUGUCCAUGAAUCCUUCAGUUACAACAAACAGCCAAAUAAAAGCCCUUAACAAACUCACUCAUGUCACAGUGACAUGAGCAGGCGCAGUGGUGAUGGGUUGAUGGUUGGACUUGAUGAUCUUAGCGGUCCCUUCCAACCUGAAUGAUCCCAUGUUUUCUGUCUAUCUCUGGACAGAAGCAUGGGGAAGUAACCUCCAUACGAAAGUGCGGUGUAGGAAAUGCCCUUGAAACUUUCAUGAGUUGAACGAUGGGGCCAAAGUAUGCGAAGCCAAUAGUUGUGUUUACAGAAUUGGAAACCUGAGCAGAACAAGAAGCUAUUAGAUAGAAAGCUGGGAGUGAUUCCAGGCAAGACGUGUCUUUUAAAAAUUUUCCAGAUGCGGCCAUGACCAUUGCCAAAUACAGUUGUGUUCUACAUAACCAGGCAUACGCAACAUCUGAGCAGUUUUCUGACAAAAUGCACAUUUUUGUGAUGCACUAAGUCAGUAGAAAUCAAGUCUAUCAAAAGCUUUUUCUUUGUUAUUUUAUUCCCAGAGUCAGUGUGGGCUUGUGAGUACCAGUGGCAUUCUGACAAGAAGUCACGCUCUGUUCCUGUUUCUUUUCUACCUCUUCCUCUGGGAUCAGUCCCACCUCUCACAAUCAGAAGCAUCUGGCAUACAAACUCAGGGUGAUCAGGAGAUCUCCACAAGGUCUGUGUUUGUGUUGCCAGACGAUUCAUCUGUCAGUGAGUAACACCACUGUAAACAUUAGAAUUGUAGGAGGGGUGAGAAAUCUGAUGUGGAUCAGAAUGAAUGGGCACAGAUGGAAGUUCUCCUCCUCUGAAAGAGUGGCUGGGCACUGGCAUAGGCUGCCCAGAGAGGUGGUGGAGUCACUGUCCCUGGAGCCGUUCAAGAGACAUUUAGAUGUUGUACUAGGGGACAUAGUGGGGAAAUAUUGGUAGUAGGUGGACGGUUGGACUGGGUGAUCUUGGAGGCCUUUUCCAACCUUGGUGAUUCUAUGAUAUAGAAAAAUUUUAAGGCAGGAUUAGAAUCAUAAAAUCAUAAGGUUGGAAAAGACUUCCAAGAUCAUCUAGUCCAACCAUAAACCCAUCCCCACUGUGCCCACUCAUGAUACAGAAUUAUUCUGGGAAGCAAUAUGUUUUCACCUGUCCCCUGUUUAGAAGGACUUGAGGAGGUCUGUGGAAGAUAAACUUCUAUUUUCGGAAGCUGUGUGUUUGGAAGAUGUACACAUGGAUGUCACAGAGGCUUCGUACUGAGAAAGGAUGAACCUGAGAUUUCUGGGGCAUGGAUAUUUUCAAGAACUAGUUCCGACAACUUUCAGUGGGGGAAUCCAUAAGCUAUUUUAAAAAAGAAAACCAACAACACAGUGUGGUUUUUUUUCUUUAAAAAACAUACACUAAUAUGGAAAAACAAACAAAUGCAACAAAUCACACAGAGGCACACCAAAAAACUCCAGCUUCGUAUCUGAGCUCUUAGCUUGCACGAAGUCAGUGCUGUGAGUGACACUUCCAAACAAACUGAUUGCUCCAUGGCACGUUUCUGAAUAUCAGAUGCCAUUCAGGAUGAAGUGCCCGCCUUCUGGCCUUGGUUGGAUCUCAAAGUGGUGGCAGCUAUUAGCAUAUUGCAGCAUAGCAGUGUAUUAAGUACGCUCAGGGGUGGAAACACUCUUCAUUUUCUUGGCUAGGGAAAGGUGGUAGGGAAGAAAGCUUGAAUGUGACAGAGUCUGGGUCCUCUUAGGGAAGAGUUCAGUAGAACAACAGAGUCAGAUCAACAGGUUCAUAACAGCUUUCUCAGUGACAGGCUAGUUUGGAGGUGUGAAAUGCUAAGUGUGAUGCUACUAUCUCUAGUUUUGUUUCUGCUGGGUUUGCAGUUCCUGAGACUGCAAUGGCGAAGUCGUCCGUUUCCUCCUGGCCCGAUCCCAUUUCCCAUCAUUGGAAGCAUCUGGUGGAUAAAUUUUAGAGCUGACCACGGGAGCCUGAAAAAGCUAGCAAAAGCCUAUGGCAACAUCUGCACGCUGUGGCUGGGUCACAAACCCAUGGUGGUGCUGUAUGGCUUCAAAGCGGUGAAGGAUGGUCUCACCACCAACUCGGAGGAUGUUUCUGGGCGGCUACAAACCUACAUGUUCAACAGAUUUUCUUAUGGAAAAGGUAUCCUGGUCUCAAACGGUCUUAUCUGGAAAGAUCAGAGACGUUUCGGAAUUUCGACUCUCCGGAAACUGGGAAUGGGGAAUAAAGGAAUGGAACGUGGGAUACAAACCGAGGCCCGGCACUUGGUGGAGUUCUUCAGGAGCAAAGACGGAAGAGCUGUUGACCCUUCCUUCCCCAUUGUUCAUGCAGUCUCCAAUGUGAUCUGUGCUGUGGUGUUUGGGCAUCGUUUCUCCCUGCAGGAUGAAACCUUCCGCCAGCUGAUGGAAGCAUACAGUGAGAUCGUGGCUUUUGGAAACAGCUACGUUUACUAUAUAUAUGAAGUUUUCCCAUGGCCUCUAGGGCGCCUCCCAGGACCCAUACAAAAAAUAGAAUCUUGCCGUAAUUUUAUUUAUUCUUUCGUAAGGCAGGAGAUCAAAAGUCAUAGGGAGAGACGCACAGUGGAUGAACCAAAAGAUUUCAUUGACUUUUACCUGGAUCAGAUGGAGAAAACUAAAAAUGUCCCAAAUUCUACCUACGAUGAAGAAAACAUGGUGCAGUCUGUUUUCGAUCUCUUCCUGGGUGGCUCAGAGACCACCGCUACCACUCUGCGUUGGGCUCUACUCUAUAUGGUGGCUUAUCCGGAUAUCCAAGAGAAAGUCCAAAAGGAGCUGGAUGCUGUUCUGGGUUCUUCCCAUCAAAUCAACUAUGAGGAUCGGAAGAAACUGCCUUACACAAACGCUGUGAUUCAUGAGAUCAUUCGCUUUAGCAGCAUUAUUUUAAUCACAAUUCCUAGACAAGCGGUGAAGGAUACAACUGUGCUGGGUUAUCAGGUUCCAAAGGGUACCAUCAUCAUGGCAAACAUAGACUCAACUCUUUCUGACCCUGAGUACUGGGAGACCCCUCACCAGUUCAACCCUGGUCAUUUCUUGGACAAGGAUGGGAAUUUUGUGGUCCGAGAGGCGUUCUUAGCCUUCUCAGCAGGCCACCGCGUGUGUCUGGGAGAGGUGAUGGCCAAGAUGGAGCUUUUCAUCAUCUUCUGUAGCCUGCUGCAGACAUUCAAGUUCACCCCACCAGAAGGAGAUAAGGAAGUCAACCUGAACUUUGUCUUUGGGAGCACAAUGAAACCCCACCCAUAUAAGCUUUGUGCAGUUCUUCGCUAGGUUGCAGUGUGUAGUAGAUUUGGGGAAGAAGCGCUCCCAUGGGUUUGCAAGUGUACUAAUCCUUUCUGUACCUUUUAUAUUCCCCAUUUCUCAAGUUCAGCAUGAAUCUGACCUGUUGUGUCAUGUUUCUAAGAAGCUGGACCUGAAAAAUAUUCCGGUUUUCUUUUUCCUAGCAUCUGGA